AUGUCGCCGCCCGAAGGACUUCCAAAGAUGGAAUACAGAUUCCUAGGCCGAUCUGGUCUUCAAGUAUCUGCAAUCUCCCUUGGUGGCUGGCUAACAUACGGAGGACAUGUUGAAAAUGAAAACACCUUCAAUUGCAUGAAAGCUGCUUACGAUGUUGGAAUAAACUUCUUCGAUUGUGCCGAAGGUUAUUCUGGUGGAGAAUCUGAACGAGUGAUGGGACAAGCUAUUAAGAAAUUUGGCUGGAAGCGAAACGAUUUAGUUAUCUCCACCAAGAUCAAUUGGGGAGCAUCUCAUGGAAGUAACCCUGUCAACAAUGUUGGACUUUCUCGGAAACACAUUAUUGAAGGCACAAACAUGGCUCUCGAACGUUUAGGCCUGGACUAUGUCGACUUGAUAUACGCCCACCGACCGGAUCGCAACACGCCCAUCGAGGAGACUGUUCGAGCAUUCAAUUACUUGAUCGACAACGGAAAAGCUUUCUAUUGGGGUACAUCAGAAUGGAACGCGGACGAAAUUGCCACAGCUUGGCGUUACGCUGAAAAACUCAAUAUGAUCGGCCCCGUGAUGGAGCAGCCCAAUUAUAACAUGCUUGUCAGAGAAAAAGUUGAAAAGGAGUUCGAACAUUUGUACGAAGAAAUCGGACUUGGCCUAACGACUUUCAGCCCCCUGAAAAUUGGAAUUCUGACCGGAAAGUACAAUGAUGGCAUUCCAAAAGAAUCAAGAUUGGGAAGUAGCCAAGAUGCGUUCGUGCAAAUGAUGAACAAGCGCGUUGGAGACGAAUCAUGGAAAAAGGACAUUGAACAGGUCAAAAAACUAAAGCCUAUUGCGGACAAGCUAGAGAUAUCCCAGGCCAAUUUGGCCAUGGCUUGGGUUCUCAAGAACCCGAGGGUCUCCUCAGCAAUCACUGGAGCUAGUCGUCCUGAGCAGAUCUACGACACUGUGAAAGCUAUAUCCACUGUUGAGAAGCUGACUCCAGAGAUCAUGAAGGAGAUUGACAAGAUCCUGGGAAAUAAGCCAGCUACAAUGACGAGGAGAUUCACGUAG